CUUCUUGGUUAAUGUGGGGAAAUGGAAGGCGGUGACUGGGGCGGUAAAGGUCAGGGCAGGCGCUAAGUCGCAACUUCAUGUAAGAAGAUAACAUGCGACAGAGCUUCAUGGCGCUAACUUUUGUAUUUAAAAGUGACUGAUUUCCCGUGCUGUCUACGAGCACGGGCGCUGAAAUAUUCUCAUGGCUUCACUCUUAUCCUUUGUUGGUUGGGCAUUUCUCCCAAAUUACGCUACUUCCAUAGUUCAGAAUGUUUACUAUGGAAUCACUAUUCGUGCGGGGGAACCCCGGCCCCAACCUCCUUCUUCGCGCUAUGCUCGGCAUCGCCGUCGCAUCUUUAUUCUCGUCGUGACCAGCUAUCUCCUCUACACGCUUUAUGAAACGUUCCAUCGGGUCCAAGUAACCGGUGAUUUUUACCAAGCACUUGGUGUUUCUCCAUUAGCCGAUGAAAAGACGAUAAAAUCGCGAUUCCGGCGGCUUGCCGCGCAACAUCAUCCAGACAAGAUCACCCAUGGGGAUGGCGUUCCUUCCGACGACUACUUUGUAUAUUUGAAGCUGGUGCAAGAUACCUUACUUGAUCCUGCUAAGCGGUAUGCAUAUGAUAGAUUUGGGCCUGACAUUCUUGGCUGGGGGAAUGCAAAGACGGUGCAAGACUUCCUGUUUACGGGCUUGCAACGUUCAGUACCGCAGUAUGUGGGAGGGUUUAUAACCAUUAUCAUCUUGAAUUUUAUGUGGUGGUCUGGCUGGGGCCGCUAUUGGCGCUUUUUAACUUUUGCGGCCUUGAUCACGCUUGAACUAGCCUUGAUCACACAGCCCGGAGCGCUAUUCUUCCCUGCAUCCUAUAUCCCCGCUGAGCUACAGAAGUUGCUGGGGAUUUCUACAAAGACACCCAGUUUCUAUCUCCUGCCGUUCCAGAUCCUGACCCUUGCGCAACGCGCGUCCGUAAUGCUGCAUAUUUUUAUCUCUCAGGUAACGCCGCCAGAAGUCAGCAAAGGGUCGUCUUGCGCAGUGGGUGAGCGUAUCCACCCGCAGACCAUGCAGCGCCUCGCGCAGUUAGCUCAGCUCUCUCGGGCCACAGACGGUGAGUCGACGCGGCUGCUGCAGUUGGGAUUUGCACCAUUUAGGGGCGAUCGAGAGAGCGUCGCUACGCUGCGCAAGGGCAUGAAGGAGGGGUUGGUUUUAAGCAGUGUUCGGGCUAGCUCCGGAGUACAGCAAGCUGUGGGGGAGGUGAUUGAACGGAAAAGGCAAGAGAGGAAGGCCGAUUAGCGCUGAGAUUGGGAAUGAGCGGUUAAUUGUAAUGUACAUGGGUAUGGGCGGUUAGGUAUUGUAUCCGGCUUGUCGUUUUCUUUUUUAAUAUAUAGGUUCAUUAUAGACCAUGAGCUAUCAUAGAGAUUGAUAUCCUCAUAGUAGUGACAUUAGUUAUCGUGUAUCAAAAGGUAGCGGGAGGUGAGUCAAUUUCUAAAUUAUACGUUCAUAGGAGUCUGAUUAAUAUUGAGCUUGGGCUUUUUAC